AUGGAGGGUGGCUGUGGAGGCUCAGUCAUGGAGUCUCGAACAGGUGAGGCUCUUGGUCUAUUGGUGCAAGCUGAUGGAGAUAGGGUCUUGGCUCCUCUCGUUUUGGCCAUGGCUGAAGUGAAGAGGUUCCAGAGCGUAAGCGGAGCACCUGUAGCGGCACCACCCAGGCCAGCAUCUCCAAUACCACCACAGGCUGAGCAACAGGGCGAGCUUCCAGCAAAGUCUGUACCACCUACCCCUACUGCACCAUCUAUGCCUGAGGCCACUUCUACUGAUCCUCCUGCUACACCUCCUAUUCCACCAGCUACACCUCCUAUAUUUGAGGCCUCCAUCACCAUAUCUGCCAUGGAGUUUCAUGCCAUGAUUCAGCAGCAUCUAGGACUCCUGCCACCACCUCAGACUAACAUUCCGAGACCAUCAGAGCCCAUAGCUCCAGUUGAGGAGACCUUCAGAGCCGACGUCCCGCCCCAAGCCACUCACAAGGCAGCCACAAAGCCAUCAUCUCCACCAAAGAGCCCCGCUCCUUGA